AUGCCUCCGAAGCGUAUCUCGAAAGCUACCGCUGUUAAAUUCUCUUCGGAGAGUCCAAAAUCUAGAGCCGUCCCUGCCUCUGUUUCAUCAAAACCCUCUACGCGAGCCUCUUCAAAACCCGCUGUACAAGCCGAAGAACCGGUCUCUGAGGAGCUCAGAGCUGCAAUAUUUACCAUUGAUUCGAAUCACCUGCGAGAGGUGGUAUUUAAACUGUGCAAGAAGCGGCACGAUGGUGCGGUUUUCAACGCCAAACUGGAGGAGUUAUUACUUGACAAGAAAGCAGCAAACGACAGCAAACGUAGACACUGAAGAGUUGAAAUGGUGGUAGCGGUGUCAGAUGAUGAUGAUGCCGAUGAAGACGAAGAUGAUGAAGAUGAAGAGGACGAGGCUGAUAGCGAGCAGUGGGUGACUUGUGAAUAUUGUAAUGAAAAUAUUGUAAUGACGAGUUUGAUCUCCUUCGUAACAAAUCGAAGGAUUGCAUGCGCCACCCUGGUGAGUAACAUGCACGCCCCGUCCUUUGUGCUAUUAAGGUUAUGAGAAGCUAGUAUUGAUACCAUAAUAGGAGUAAAGGAGAUUGACUGGGAUGGGGACUACUGGGCCUAUCACGAUGAUAGGUGUCAUGGGGACCCAUAUAGUUUUAUCGACGACCCAGACUACGCUGAAGGCUUUAUCUAUUCGUGUUGUGAGCAGCUCAGCGAUCAGUCAGGCUGCGAGCAAACAAGACGUGAAGCUGCUGUAAUUGUUAAGUCCUACAGACCAACCGCCAGAGUGAAACGUAAGGUUUCUUACUAUAGCCCAGUUCGAUCGUCAAAGUCUAGGAGAAUGA